AGAUUUAAUAAAUAUAGCGUAUGAUGUCUCAACACAGUAUUUAAAGAGAACUUGUCACUCAAGUACUAAACCUAGACAGGGCGGACAUUUCCAACGAGAUUCUACAGAGUAAUGGCGCUGCACAGGGAGACAAAAUCCUGCUGACACAGGAGUCUCUUCUUCGUCACCGGGUGACAAAGAUUCAGACCGCAACCUCAUUUCAGCAUCAGUUAGAAAAGGAAAAUUGGACUUUGGGCGAAUGCGGCUGGCGGUAAACGUACCCGCGUGUUUUCUGCUGAGGGGCAGUCAUGUUUCUCCAGUAUUACCUCAACGAGCAGGGCGAUCACGUCUAUACUCUAAAGAAAUUUGACCCCAUGGGACAACAGACUUGCUCUGCCCAUCCUGCUCGAUUCUCCCCAGAUGACAAAUACUCAAGACACCGAAUCACCAUCAAGAAAUGCUUCAAGGUGCUCAUGACCCAGCAACCAAGACCUGUCCUCUGAGGGCUUGUUAAUCUCUUGUGUUACUCGUCCCCCGGCCGAUUAUCAGCAACCAAACACUUCAUUCCGUGAGCCUGGAAGCCUUCCCAUGCUGUUUAGAAUCCCCUCUCACUCACUAAAGUCUGUAGUGAUGGGCAUCGCCCGUAAAAGGAACGACUUUUUUCCAUGUUUUGAUUUACUGCCCG